CAGAUCUUAGUAAAAAAGCUGACCAGGAAGGACCCAUUACAAACAAAUAGUUUCCAUGCAGUUCUUUCGACAGAGUGUCAUCUGUUUUGGGAAAAAGUCAUCAAUCUUUACAGAGAAUUUCAUCUAGCUGUGAGUGCUGAUGAUGCCGUAUAGAUGAGUAGCGCAGCUGCACACUACCACGAGUCCAGUCAGUUCAUUCAUCAGCGCUACGAGGACACUGCGCAAACCAUCUUUCAUCAUCAACAGAAGGCCAUUCAAGACGAGAAGCGUCGCCAGAAGAAUCACGCACAUUUCCAUCACUCAAACGCAUCGCUAACCACCCAGCAGUCAGAAUUCAGUAGAUUCGGGAACCACGCCGUCGUUAUUCAAGACGGGGUGAAAUCUAGCUUCGGGUCAGCAGCUAAUGUGUCACAUUCUUUGCCCGGGAAUCACCUACAUGAGCACACUUCUCCCUCAUAUCAAGUCACCGAGAAAGGCUUGCGGGCAAGUGGCGAUGUUAACCUUCCCAUUCCCGUGAAAUCAAGUGUUUGUAACAUCACUUGAAUGGCCUUGUAACAAAACCUUGUAACAAUUAGUAGCAGUCAACGUUGCAAGCGUAGCCGUAUUUGUGAAUUCUAAUAACUGAAUCAUCUUUUCUUGGAGAAGAUUCUUUCUUUAAUUGGUGGAGAGGGAAUUUUUCUGUAGUGGCUCUAGUGCAUGCACGCUUGGUUUGAGGAAUUGCUUUUGAGCAGUGAAUAUUAACUUACAUAUCAACUGUUUUAACACUAUCCCUUCCUCUGUAAGGGCAUCUAGCUGCAGCCAAAUGCUUUUUUUGCAUGAAGUGGUGAAAAUAAUCUGCACUCAUUUAGCUUUUAUUUUGGCAUAGCUUUAUUGAUGUGUUCUUAUUGUUUUGUUGUGUUUUAAGUAACAUUCAAUUUAGCUUAAAUAAUAGAUAUGUUUGUUGAAUGUUUUGUGUAAGAACGUAAUUGUUGAGGGUUGCAUUAUUUAUUUCAUUUACAUUGCACAUCAUUUUUGUCACACAUCAUUGUUGAGUGGGUGUUUGUGCUGCAAGUUUUUGUUUCUAAAUUGACCUAGAAAAGACUCAAGCAAACUAAUUACUGUUUGUUUGUAGCCAGGAGCAGUGAAACUUUCAAAGCAAAGGCAAUUAAGGCACCCAUCGAGUGACUUGAAAUAUGUAGGUGAGUCCGGUGGCUCUGGAACCAGACCAUAUAAUCUGGAACCGUCUUUGACAAACAAGGAGCAAACCGGAAAUUUCUCUGGAAGUGUUUUCAAUGAGAAAAGUGAAAUAUUUAAACACCAAGUUUUCAAUGAGAAGGAUUUGAAAAAGGGAUAUUUAUCCGUCAAGGACAGAAAUUAUGAAAGUUUAAGAGGAGAUGAAAAUGAUGAAAGGGAUGUUAGUGAAAAACGGAUCAAAGUCAAGCUAAAUGAAAGUGAACACGGUGGCAAAUUUAGCAGUUCAAAAUCAAAAUUAGACCAAACAGAUAGAGUGGUUAGUCCUGUUACUGAAGUAAAGUUUGUUACCACAGAUUUGAUAAACCAGUCUUCAGAGCAAGUGAAAUACAAGAGAAAUACAGCUCAAGAUCUGGGUAUUCCAAAAGGUCGGUCAGACUCAGAACAUCCCAGUCACCCAGUCUCCGUGGAUGAACCUGUAGCCAACUUACCUUCAGAUGUACCAGCAUAUGAUGAACAAUUUGAUAAAGUUAUAAAGGACACAAUACAAAACAUUGCCUUUGAUGAAAUCGAUUCAGUUACAUUAUUAAGGAAGCACAGGUCACAGUCACUUAAACAGCCCCUUGAGAUUGAUUCUAAGACUUUAACCUGGGUACGAAAGGAGAGAAGUAGUUCCUUACUUCAGUCAAGCGGUCACGGUACCUACCCUGGUCAAGCUAGAGUGCGCCGAACCGGCUCCAUUCAUCGGACACCUCUCCGGAGCAAUAUCUCUGUUAACCGGUGUGUGUCGUUUAGACGGACCCCUUCAGGCUCUCAAAUAGUUUCCGUGGAAACCACUGUUUGAUAUUGGUUUUGGUUAAGAUAAUGUGAACAAUAUUAUUCAGUGUUAGUUUAACUGUGUACAUAUUUUGGAUUGUAGAGACUUUGUUUAAUCUGCAUGUUAGAGAUGAAAUGCUCUGUUAUUCCGCAAUUGUUGCAAUAUAAAUCAUAUUGAACAUGCGUAAAGCACAGAUAGUUGUAUACAAGGUUUUGCAAUACUAGUGUUACAAGGCAUAAGUACUGAAAUCUGUUGUAUUAAUUUUGUGAGCUACUUCCCCGAACAAAUCAUAUUAAUCUUGUGCAAGGCAUACGGAUGGUUGUAUUAAGUUUCACAGCUAUAUGGUUUUAACAAAGUAUACUUAAACUUGUGUAUAGUUGUAUUCAAGUUGUAACCAUGGAGAUUCAUCCGAUACUUGAAUUGGACACGAUCCCGAACCCAGGCCUGUGGUACGUCAUGUCCGGGACAGGAGAGAGUCCUAGCAUGCGCGUAGGCCAGUCAUGCUCAUACAUACCAGGAAAGCACGAGACUGACAACGGUCACCUGUACGUGAUAGGGGGUGCAAACCCCAGCGGGCCAUUCUGUGACACAUAUGUUCUGGACCUGAACACUCUAAGAUGGGACUUCAUAGAUUCUCCCGGGUUCCGUGCACGGUACGAACACGCAGCAUUUACUCCAGAGUCGGAUCCCACGAAAAUAUACGUAUUCGGAGGAGCUGACCAGACUGGGAAUAUGAACGACGUGCAGGUGUUGGAUACUGAUAUGAACACUUGGAGCUCAGUAUCUGCGUCUGGUACCCCUCCAUCAGAGAGGACUUACCACUCGAGCGCAGCAAUUGUUGGGGAUCUGUUCAUAGUGUAUGGUGGUGGACAUUGCGGUGCAGACCCGGUCACAGAUAGACAGGUUCACGCGUUUGAUGUGAAGGCACACUCGUGGCAGACCCUGAACGUGAAAGGGGAUUCCCCGAAGCCUAGACAUGGUCAUGCAGUGGUUGCUGUGGGUAACAAGGUGUACAUUCACGGCGGUAUGUCCGGGCCCAACUUUUACAACGACCUCCACGUAUUGAAUUUGGAUAAGCUGACUUGGACGGAUGUGAAACGCAAGAAAGUCUAUCCGUCUGCGCGAGCUGCCCAUUCUGGUGUUGCCAUGGGAACCAACAUGUUCAUCUUUGGAGGGAUGAAUAGAGAUGGGGCACUAGAUGAAACUUGGAGGCUCGAUACAAAGACCUCCCAAUGGACAAAAAUAGAAUUACAAGGCCCUCCCCCCGCCUGCAGGCUAGACUACGGCAUGGGCGUGGUGCAACUUAGACGCAGCCUUGGGGGAUCAACAGGGGUCUCGACCUGUGACACGACCUCAGACGUUACCAUGGCGACCAGACAGGCCCUUGACGUCCUCGAGAGAGAGAUGCAGAAGCCUGGCAGCGCCACCUCUAGGAGUAGUUGUCCCGAGCUUGGAACACAUGAGUCCAAUGGGUCAGGGGACAGAGCUGACGCCGGGCCACAUGACUCACCGACUGAGGAGUCUGUCGGUGAUGUAGAUGGCGCUGAGUGCUCUACAACCGAGCCCGUGGCAUCGUCAACCACGGAUGGGGACAAGAUGUUCACACUUUGUCUACUGCACGGGGGAAUGGAUACAGAGGGGGAGGUGUUUGAUGAUGUGCUUGUCUUCAAUCUUGAGACGACCUAGUUGUUGCUCUCUUUUUACAAACUUAGAUCUAAGAAAUAUCUCCACUGGUACGGAAAGGCCCAUAGGUUUGGGAUCUGGCAUUUAAUCCAUUCCCACUUAGAAGCUGAGUGAAAAUGGCAAACAGCAUAAAACCAGAACAGCCUGUCAGUAACUUGCAGUCUGUUCAGGUUAAAUGCUGUUUGCUGCUCACCAGUAUCUUAGGGUUGGUAAUUGAGCUGUUAAAACUCAAAUCUUGUUAGAAAGUUCUUUAAUUAAAUGUAACUUUCAAAGGGACUACAAACACGUCAAAAUACAUAUCUAAGUGGUGAAGGGUUAAAUCAUGUGACAGGGGUUAAUAUUUGCCUCUGAGACUUAUUGCUUGCCCCAUUUUUACGAUCUCAUAAUCAGUCAAGGCUCUAGGAUAGGACAUUACACAUUUUCAGCUUAUAUGAAAGAGUUUGGUAUUUAUAUUGAAGAUUUUUUUACUUAAACACAAAAAAAUCAACGAAGUGCAUAUCAAGCCCAAUUGAGAGUUACUUUUUUCUUUCUUCAAUUUUAUUUGUUUUGUUUUUUUCUGGAGCUUUUUAGAUUUAAUGUUUACAUUUAUCAAUAUAAAUCAUUUAAUGACCAACUUUAAUACAUCUCAAAAUCUGUAAAAAGGUCCCUUUAAAGUUUAUCAUGUAAAUAUUGCAUCUAAAUUAAUUGUUAGCUUUAUUUACUACAUGCAUUUGGCUGGAAUGUGAAUGAACAAACUUAUUUGUAUUAUGGAAUCUCAUCAGUUUUUAUGAAUAAGAAUACAAGGAUCACAAGUAUUAUUUCUGCUGGGAUUACAUAUCAACAUGGAUAAGUAUAUACUAUGGUCAUAAGUACUCAUGGAACCCAAGGUCACAUACUCAUCAACAGUGAUCAUAAGUGUCUUUUAGGAUGAUAAAUAAAAUGGGGGUAAAUAUAGAGUGUAAUGUUGCGUGUGAAGAAAAUGCUGCUAUUGAAAGUGUUGUAAACAGGUUUGUUAUGGAUGCUGAUUACACUAUUAAGGGUGAUUCUAUGCAUGAAUUAUAGCAUAAGAGUUUGUGGAAUAGUACAAUUGGCAUCUUUCAGCAUGUAUGAAUGUUAAGAUUACUGAUGUUUUGUGAUUUAUGAACAUUAAAUUUGUAAGCCUAAAGUGUAUUAAGAGCCUAAAGUGAAUGUGAAGUAUUAGGCUUUUUUGCUUACUUUUUGCUUUUGCAAACAUUGUUAAUGUAUGAUUUAUAAAUGUAUCUACAUAUGAGCUGGGCUCUGUGAAAAGGGGGUUUAAAGCAUGUGCGUUAAGUGUCAUCCCAGAUUAGCAAGUGCAGUCCACACAGGCUAAUCUGGGACAACACUUUCCGCCUGACCUUAAUUUUUGCUAUGAAGAUACUUUUUUAAAACUAAAAAUUACAUAAAAGUGGAAAGUGAUCUCCCGAUUAGCCUGUGUGGACUGCAUAGGCUAAUCUGGUACAACACUUGACGCACAUGCAUUAAGCUCCCUUUUCACAGAACACGGUCCAUAUGUUUUGGCUCUCCUGAGCAUGCAGUGCUCAUGGUAGGCUUUUUUGGUCAUCCUUUGUCCUGCAUUCUGUGUCUGCAGUCUAUCUUAAGCUUUUUAGAGCUUUAGAGACCAUAUUAUUUCAUUCAAUCUUGAUUAAUUAUUUUGUUAGAUGGUAAACUUAACAAUAUCUUGGAGAAGUUGAAAUCUUGGUCAGUUGUGUUCUACAGCUAGGUCAACUAGAAAAACCUUGUUACCACUUUAGAAGCCACAUUUAUUUCUCAAUCUUUAUGAAACUAAUGCUACUCUUGACAAUAUUGAGACAGGGUUAUAAUUUGGGUCUUGGUCAUCCGAAAAGUAGGUGAAAUCUUAUAUAAAAAAACUUGUUUUCAAUCUAGAGGCCAUAUUUAUGACUCAAUCUUGAUAAAACUUUGUCAAACUGCUUUUCUUUUUCAUAAUUAGGCUAAGGUUGAAUGUUGGUCAUGUUCUUCCAAAAACUAGUUCACCAGGUCUAAAACUUUUUACCAUGAUUCAGUUUUGAUGAAACUUGGUCAGGACCCAUUUUGUCUUGACAAUAUUAAGGCCAAGAUGUAGUCUGGGUCUGGGGCAUCCACGUUAGGGGCAACAUUUGUGACUCUAGCUUGAAAAACAGAAUCUUUAUCUUGCAAUAUCUAGGCCAAGUUUAGGUCUAUUUCAGGUGUGUUCAAAAACUAGUUCACCAGGUCAAAUCUUAACAAACUUGUUAUCACCCUAUCCACCACAUUUAUGAUUCAACCUUGAUGAAACUUGGUCAUGUUUGAAUCAAGGUCAGAUCACCAGGCAAUGUCUUCAACAAUGUCUGUGUACUAAAGGGCCAAGAUGGCUCUCUAGAUUUUAAAUUUUAUUUGACUCUUAUUUUUGCAUUUAUAGAAAGUUUGCUGCAAAUGUUGCUUUGAAACAAAAAUAACCAUUUUGAUCUUCCAAAGUUUUGUAUUGUGGACUAUUUUAACCCUUUUUCAAUACUAAUCAUGUUGAAAAUGUUUACAGAUACUAUACGUUAUUUGUGAAGUCGGUUUAAGAGAGAAGAAUAUUAAGUAGCAAAAUAUUACAUACUUACAUCAGCCAUCAUUUUCGCUUGAGGACAACAAAAUUUGCUUUUAUUUUGAAUAUGUUGUAUUUCAAAAUUAAAAAAGACUAUAAAUAUCUUGUUAUUGAAUAAUAUGCUAAUUGUUGUGUGAUUUAAGAAAUUAACAUCCCCCACUGUGUGUACAUAUAUACAUAAUCCUUUCAUUCACAGGGGUGUUUGCAUUCCAUUUGAAUUUUUGGGAAAUAAGCUGCUAAAAGUACAUAUGCUGUGAUUGGUGCAAAAAUCUUGACCUCACAUUGUCAAUUUGUUUUUUGUUUUAGGAAUAGGUAUAAAUAGACGCUCCUCAUUUUUUUAAGCAUUCUCUGCGUGUACAUGUUUGAUCAUGCCCGGCGACAUAUUUAUCAUUCUUUUUUUUUUUAACUUUGUUUUUAUGGACUCCUGUCUCUCUCGUUUUGCUCAAUUUAUCUGCUGGUAGCUAACAAUGAUGUUAUGGUUUGCUCACGUUUGAGUCUUGAAUCAAUGAUCCUUAUAAAUAACUGUAUAAAUUCACAAAACAGGGAGAAGUAGUUUAUCUGAAAAAGUUAUUGCUAAUCGGUUAUUACAAAUUUUAAACUGAUAUUUCUCUAAACUCCGCAUGACACCAUAAAAUAAAAUAAUUUUGCGAUCUUUUUGUUCGAAAUAAUGUGAAUGCUUCUGUGUAGCCUGCGACAUCUUGAGUCCUAUUCUGUCUCUAUCAUGGGGUAAAUUGAAUCUAUGUUAAUGUUGUUUUAUAUUUCAUGCUGUUAAUGAUUCUAGCCAAUGAAAACAUUUUGUUUUCAGAAAUCAGCAGUGAUUCUAGCCAAUGAAAACAUUUUGUUUUCAGAAAUCAGCGUUUAUGGCUAUGCUAGAGUGUGCUGAUUGUUUUCUUAUCAUUGUCUGAUAUUUGUCUGUAAUUGGAGUAUUUUUGCGAUGUUAAAAAUAAAAAAGAGUCAGUUAGUUAGCUAGGUUUGCAGCCAAAAAACAAGUGUUAUUAUUUGUUUGCAUUUUAUACUACCAGUAUGUAUUUUAUUUGUGUUUGUUUCUUGGUAUGCUGCAUUUAAUACUCAUAGUUGUUUUUAAAUGUGUAUAUGUGAAUAAAUUGCUUUGUUGAAAUUAAUAAGUUAACAUAAAAAACAUAAGUUAAUACAGCUUUAAUGUUCUAUAAUUAAGUGUGAUUAUAAGUUGUUGAUAAAACAUAGCAUGCAAUAAAAAUGUAGGAGUAGAUGUAUAGAGCUUUCCAAUAUAAUUGUCACUACAUUAUUACAGAUUUUAAUCAAAAAUCAUGCGGAAUCAAAAUCAAUAUGCACUUAAAGCUUUAAUAUUUGAAAUCUGUUCACAUUUACAAUUAUCUUUGUUCAAGUGUUGUUUGUUGUAAGUUGUAGAUCAUUUCAAUAAUGUUUGUGUUAUUCUUCUAUAUAUUCUGACCAAGCUUCUGUUGUUACACUAUUGAUUAAAAUAGAUUUCAAGCUUUA